GAGAAGUACUAAAGGCAUGAAGAAAUUUGUAUUUGAGAGCUUAGCGGCCAUGCUUGUGGUAUAUCCAGCCGUUAUCGCGCUGCGUACACCGACUCGACAACUCGUAGCGCCAAAAGCCUCCGCGAAGGCAGCGGUCGCGUCAGCGACUCUCGACUCAACGUUAGCUCGCGCGCCUCUGGACCCAAAUUGUCUGGUUUCGGCCAAGGGCAUUGACUACGAACCGCUGAUGGAACAGCUGCGGAUUGGCGACUAUAUGGCGGCGGAUCAGACGACACGCGAUGUCCUGAUUGAGAUGGCCGGUGAGGAGGCAAUGAAACGUGGUUAUGUUUAUUGGACGGAGGCCCGUCAGCUUCCCAAUGAGGACCUUGCGACAGUCGAGAAUUUGUGGCUGCACUACAGCGAUGGAAAAUUCGGCUACACCGUCCAGAAGAACGUUUGGCGUCUGCAGAAGGGCGUAUUUGAUAACUUCUGUGACAAGAUCGGAUGGACUACAACCGACGAAAUCACUGGCCAGCCUCGAAAGCGGCGCUGGUUCGGCGACUCCGAGUUUUUCUAUAGUUUAGAUAAAGCCCCGAAAGCCCACCUCCCGCUCACGUCCGCUCUCCGUGGCACCCAGCUCCUUAAAGCCCUCCUCCAACAUCAGGUCUGGGAAACUGAAGAAUGGAAACGUGACCUGCCUGAGCUCUCUGCUUGACUCUGCCUGAGCUCUCUGCUCUCCGCCCCGACCUUGAGAGUAGUUAACUAUCACUUCACAUGGUGUGGCACAGCAAUGGUCGACGCUGCGCAGUUGUGUUGAGUCUGGGUGGAGCAGAAGUGUGACAUCGACGAACGGACAGCGGCCCACCGCCGGAGUCCAAGCGCCCCUGAGCCCUGGGCGUGCCGGGAAAAUACGACACCGGGACUGGAGUGAGGGGCCAGAUAGGCUGCGAGUAAGCGCGCGCCCUCAGACGCGGGGGUGAACACU